GUACUAGGUCUGGAAGAAAAAUACUGUAAGACUUUUCAGGCGCACUCUCGCAAAGCAUUUCGGGACACCCCUCUGCGGCCUGUGGCGAUGCCAUGUCGGGUGCCAAGCCAGGACCGGUACAGAUUGUGCUGGUGCACAAAGAGGAGCAUUCGUUUGAGCUGGAAGAGAAGGCGCUCAGCCGGGUGCUGCUGCAAGACGAUAUCCGGGACCUCGAUGUGGUGGUGGUGUCGGUGGCCGGGGCUUUUCGCAAAGGCAAAUCUUUCCUCUUGGAUUUCCUCCUGCGGUACCUGUACAUGCAGAAAGAAGGAGCAAGUGGUGACUGGCUGGGUAACAAGGAUGAACCCCUAACAGGAUUUUCCUGGCGAGGUGGCUCUGAUCCCGAAACUACAGGCAUCCAGAUCUGGAGUGAAGUGUUCAUUGUGGAGAAGCCAAAUGGGAAGAAGGUGGCCGUUGUGCUGAUGGACACGCAGGGGGCCUUUGAUAGCCAGUCAACGGUCAAGGACUGCGCCACCAUCUUUGCGCUCAGCACCAUGACGAGUUCUGUGCAGAUCUACAACCUUUCCCAGAACAUCCAGGAAGAUGAUCUGCAGCAGCUCCAGCUGUUUACCGAAUACGGACGCCUGGCCAUGGAUGAGAUAUUCCUGAAGCCGUUCCAGACCCUGAUGUUCCUGGUUCGGGACUGGAGCUUCCCUUACGAGUAUCCGUAUGGCCUGGAUGGGGGCAUGAGGUUCCUGGAGAAGCGGCUGGAGGUCAAAUCCCACCAACAUGAAGAGAUCCAGAACGUCCGCAAACAUAUACAUUCCUGCUUCACCAAGGUCAACUGUUUCCUCCUGCCGCACCCAGGCCUUAAGGUGGCCACCAGCCCAAAUUUUGACGGCCGUCUCAGCGACAUUGCGGAUGAAUUCAAAGAGCAGCUGAAGCGGCUGAUCCCGUUUGUGCUGGAUCCCGGCCAGCUCUUGGAGAAGGAGAUCAAUGGUUCCAAAGUGACCUGCCGGGGCUUGCUGGAGUACUUCAAGGCUUACAUCAAGAUCUACCAGGGAGAAGAUCUGCCCCACCCAAAGUCCAUGUUGCUGGCCACGGCUGAAGCUAACAACCUGGCGGCCGUUGCAUCAGCGAAGGACAUGUAUUACACCAACAUGGAGAAGCUCUGCGGUGGGGACAAGCCGUACGUCGCGCCGGAGCUCCUGGACGAGAAGCACCGCGUGCAGAGCGCCCUGGCGGUCCAGCACUUCCAGCGCAUCAAGAAAAUGGGCGGCAAGGAGUUCAGCCAGCGCUACGAGGAGGAGCUGGUCAAGGAGAUGAACGAGCUGUACCAGGACCUGACGAAGCACAACCACAGCAAGAAUAUCUUCAACACCUUCCGGACGCCUGGCAUCAUCUUCAGCCUCAUCGUCUCGCUCUACCUGGGCUCCGGCUUCACGGAUUACAUCGGCCUGGGCUUCGCCGCCCAGCUCUGCAACCUCUUGGUGGGGCUGCUGCUGCUGGCCCUCCUGGCCUGGGGCUACAUCCGCUACUCGGGGCAGUACCGGGAGCUGGGCGUUGUCAUCGACACCACGGCAGAGUUCCUGCUGGAACGGGUGAGCCCCCCAACAAGCAGCUCUACCCAGAUAGCACAAGCCAGCAGGUCGUCAUCCCGGCGGCCUUCGGAGGACAGGAAGAAUAAGUGAGGUCUCCAUCUGAGUUCUCCAAACGCGUCUGGAGCGAACGUCUUGCUGCGGGAUGGGAAGGCAGGAGACGCUUGGUGGGCUUCCAGACGGCGCCUCUGAGCUUUCGGCUCUUGACAUCCCUUCCCCUUCUGGCAAAUCUCUCUUUUUAAUUUUUUUUUCUAAAGACACCCCUCUUUCCUGGUUUUUAUUUUUCUUCCUUCACUUUUUUUGCACUUUAAGAAAAAAAAAAGCAGCUUUAAAGUUUUUUCCUGUACCAGCAAAGUGCCUUCCUUGACCGAGAGAGAAAGAGAAUACCAAACACCACGUCCUGAUGGUACCCCUUCGGCUCUUACCCACCUCUGGAUGCUUGUCAGCGAUGAUGCCAAGGGAGAGGAGUCCCCGGAUGAUCCCGUCUUUCACGGCUGCCCUCUUGCCAGCUGGGCUUCGCCCGAUGUGGAGGAUCGCAAAAACAUGGCACGCUCCAGAUGUGACGGGAAGUGAUGUAGCUUUAGAACUCCUCUUUGUUCCUUUGUAAACGCGGUUGUGCCUUCGUGCCCGCUGGACAUCACCCUUGUGCCUCAGGCUAUAGCCGGAGAGGGAGCCGAGCUUCGCCAGCCACUUGCCUUAGAAACCAAGUCCAGUCGGAGACCAACCACGAAGAAACUCAACCCACCAAAUGGACCACCCCUUCUUCUUCGGGGCCGUCGCCUGCAUUCCUUGGAUUGCGCCUAUUUCCUGUCUUACUUUGGCUUUCUUUCUGCAGUUCUCAAGCGCACGUAGCUGCUGGGUGCUUGGGAACAUCCUGCCAGCCCUCCGGAGCCUCUGGUUAAAUCCCACACCAUUCAUGCUGAGCAUCAGAGCAUAGGAAGCAUGACUUCUCGGGAAUACAGCUCCCGGUGCUGAUGGGGAUUUUUCUGGGAAUUGUCAUCUCAAAGAAGCAGUUCUUCCAUGCUGUGCCGAGCACCACGGGUUUUCCUUGUUUCCAUGGGAAGAAAUAGGUGGGUCGAAAGGCUCACACCUUGUUCUCAGAUGGCACAAAUCUCAGAGGGUGCUUUAAGCCACGGUUUGCGAACCUGUGGCUUUCUGAAUGCUGCAGCUACCACUACCCCUCGCCUUUGGCUAAGCCCGAUGAGUAUUGCAGAAUAUCCGGAGGGCUGAUGCUUUCCCCAGCUCAGCUUUAAAUAGUGAUCCAGAAACCUGGGGAUGUGCCUAGAAUUCAGUGGUCCCCAACCUUGGGUCUCUAGAUGAUCUUGGACUUCAACUCCCAGAAGCCUUCACCCAAUAGCUAUGCUGGCCAGGAUUUCUGGGAGUUGUGGUCUAAGAACCUUUGGAGCCCCAAGGAGCUAUUGGCCUAGCUCAAUGGUAGGGAAGUUUGUUGGUCUUGUAGGCUGGAUUGCCUUCACGUCAAAAAGGGGAAGGCUAGAUAACAUCAUUGGUGGGGGAAAACCUUACCUGACAUCUUCUGCCUUCACCCUCGCAACAUCCUUUGUUUCUGCCUGCAGUGGGAGACACAAAGGGUGGCUCCUGUAUCUCUGAUUUCAGAUCCGAAAGGAGAGGGGGCCUUCCAUUCCUCCCCGCUCAUGCGCCCAAAGAGGUGUAGAAAUAGUGUUUUUAUCUCUGAUCGAAGAUUGGCGAUAACAAGGGCAUGCUCCUGAUGGAGAGAACUUAAGCUUUAGAUCAAGGUUGGAGAAUUCGUAAGCCGUUGAGCAAAACACUCAUCCCCCCCAGCCGUGUUCAGUGGCUUUCUAGUUGUGGUUGUAUCCCCCCCUUCCCCCCCAUCUGGCACACACAAAAAAUGUGUGGGUGGUGGAUGAUGAUGCUCAGAAGGCCCAAUAUCCAGCCAGUGGGAAGGGUUUCUGACUCGCAGAACCUCGCCCACGAUUGGUCUUUCAUUUGGGUGACGCACCUUAGCCUGUUGACAGCUGAAAAUGGGCCUCAAGAGAUCUAGGGUCCGUUCUCCCUGAAUGGGAGAAUCGUCAGGGAAGGCCAGAUUUUGGUUUCGUACGGAAUGGGAGAAAAUAGACAAAAUUGCAUGCACUGUUGAAAACUGCCCAUUUUUUGCUGGCCUUCUAACUGCACCUUGAUUCUACAUUGAACCAAAACAACGUCAACACGACCCACGAGAACUAGGAAAAAAUGUUCUUGUCGCCAUUUGUGUUUUUGGUAGCUGCAAGGAAACGUACUUGGUUCUGGUGGGCUCAUCCUUACUCCCAUAUAUAUAUAACAAAAGCAGCUAUUUUUUCUGUCCAGCCUCUCCUCAUCGCCGGUAUUUCUCUGGGUCAUUUAAUAGCUUUCUAUUGUCAGUGUGCUUUCUCGGUCUUCUCUUUGAUGUCCUGUUCACCUCUUGCAGCUGAAAAAUUGCCUUUUGCUUCUGAGAUAUAAGCACAAGAGAAAACGCAGCCUGGCUUUCUGGAUCGAAUUGAAUGGGAAGGGGGGGUAGAGAGAGAAAAGGGGAUCAGGGCGGUUUAAAAAGAAACAUUCCUUUUCCUCCAGUUAUGGAGGUGUCUGUCCUCUUGGCUUUUCACUUCCAUCGCACCGUAUUUGUCUUGUCACGCUAAAGGAUUUUCACAUUUGCACAGAUGUCCAGCCGGCGUGCCUACAGAUGCUUGUUGUGUGCUUUUUGAAGGUCAAAAGCCAGCCGCAUAACCUUGUAAAGUGCAUUUUGGAUCACAUUCCGCUAGUUUUUGCCACAUGUUCUAGACGAUGUUUUUUCUUGAUCUGUACUUGUUUUUCCCCACAGCGUCCCUGAAAGUACUGAUGUAGAAUUCCAGUUGCCUUCCUCACUGAGGGAUGGCGGCCGUUGUAGUCUUUAACACACAAGGGUGCCUUGUGCAGGUGGGAGCAGACAUCACUUUAGUGCACCUCUCUGGCCUCUAUUUGUGCAUUUCCAAUGUUAUAUUCAACGCUGACGGUGGAGUUUUCCUGCCACCACCUCUCCUUCAUUCAGGUUAGGCUGUGUUUAUGGUUCUCUCUCUUGCACAGAGCGCACACAUGCGCACAGAGGAGCAAGAGCACAUAUUUUCUCCUCUGACACAUAGCAAGGCAGCGCCUGUUUGUUUGGGCACUCCUGCAUACUUCAAAUUCAGUUUAAAACUUGAAUACAUUUGAGAAAGGAAGAUGCUGUCAUGGGGGCCUGUUUGACAGGCAGGUUCUCCAAAGAGGGGACGGGACUGUGAAGUUCAAGUUGAGAACCAAUCAUUCCUGUGAGCCCAAGAAAGGAUUUUCUCGACAACUGUGAGUGGGUAGAAGAAACGGGACCCCCCAGGGCAUGCUUGUAUCGCCACGCUGUGCUGGAAUGCCGUUUUUUUGCUCUGGAGAGAGACACCCCCCUCCCGCCCUUGCCGCUCUGUCUAAAGGACCUUUUCCACAAUAGUUAUAUGUUUAAAACGUUUCGCCGAGGACCAACGCUGUGGGGAGGUAGAUGCCAAACGGUAAUUAUAAAGCGCAGAAGAGCAAAAAAUAUAUUAAAAAUUGCAUUUCCACUUUGCAGCUAUAAAAAUAAAGACCAAGUUACUAAAAACUCA